CUACUAUGAAACCGGGAAACUUACCUCAUCAGCUAAACGAUCCCCAUGAUUCCCUUGGAGGAGCCGGCGUUGUAACAGAAAAUGGCAAUGGCGUUGAGUUAAACAAUAAUAAUUAUUUGUACAAAUCCUCCAUGAAUACGCAUCAGGCGGCGGCUGGCAAAGCAUUUCCACCAACCACCAAUCAACAACGGCAGCAAUUGGAAACAGUAGCACUUAAAAAUUUAACCAAUGGUCCCAACAAUCCGACACAGCCCACACCCCAACCAGCACCAUUAGCAUCAUCACCAUCAACAACUUCCACACAUGUUAUGACAAUACCAACACAAAAUUUCCCACCGUCUUCAGAUGCUCUCAAUAAUAAUAAUAACAACAACAACAAAAAUAGUAUGAACAGUAACAAUGAUAAUCAAAAUGAGAUUUUAAAUAAUAAAACCACAACAAUAACAAAUGCUACAGUAGCACCUACACUGUACAACAACAACAAUCUGCUAAAUACAACAAUUACAGGAUUCAAUGGCCAUCAACAGCAUUAUAAUCAUCAUCAUCAGAAUACUACAGCAACAAAUAAUAACAACAACAACAACAAUAAAACAGCAACAUUAUUACCACCAAUACAUCCAACCACCAUACCAAUGGCAUCGUCGUCGUCCGAUCAGCAACAACAUCAACGUACGGCAGCAACCAAUAGCCUAUUGUUUGUAAGACCUGCAAAUCAUUCAACAACCACAACAACUUUACAUGUUGGUAAACUACCGUUUUUGCCAGUGCAAUUUAUAUGAACUCUCAACAACAACAACAACAAGAACUCUCCUAACAAAUCAACAACAAAUAUCACCACCACAACUACCACCCACCAAUCAAACAUACUUCUCUCCCUCUUUGUUUCUUUAUAAGACAAAAAGAACAACAGCAACAACAACUGAACAAGAAAACAAUAAUUAUAGUAAUUUUCAUCAUUAAUUAUAUUAUAUACAUAUAUUUUAACUUUAAAAGAAAAAAAUUACUUAAAAAAAAGACAAAACAUAAAGAGAAAAAAAAUCAUUAAUUUAUCACAUAAAAAAACCCAAUCACACGGUGUUCGGCACAACAACAUGGUUCUCAAGGUUUUGAAGGCGUUAUUAGUUCCCCCACAAAACAAAAAAGGAAAAAAAGAAAAUAUAGAAACAAAAGGAAAUCAAAAAAUUUUAAUGAAAAUAUGAUAUUUUUUAAAAAAUAUUUCAAAAUUAUUUGAACACUAAAAAAAUUAUGAAAGAAAAGAAGAGAUUUCAAAUUUCAUCAAAAACAACAUUUGCUUUAAUUUCGAAAAUUAAAAACAAACGGAAAAAAGAAGAAAAAAUCGAAACCUUGGCAUGGAUUAUGCCGUCCCUGUGUUACCUAAGGCUCAAAGUCUUAUAAAUACAAAACAAAAAUAACAAGAAAACACACUUAUAAAAAAUUAAGAAUUAUUAAAACAAAAGACGAAGAUUACAAAAAAAGGGAUACAAUUCAAAAUGAACAUUUAACUAAACUAAAAAAAAAAACAAAACAACAUAAAUAACUCUUUAACUUUAAAAAGAAAAUAAUAUUUACUAAAAUAAACUAUAAUGACUUUAAACAUAUACAUAUAUAUAUAUUUACAAACAAUAUUUAAUUAUUGUCAAAAGAAAUUAAAAUGAAAGAAUAUAAAAUACAAAUACUUAAAAAAAAACCAACAACAUUACAAAAAUAAUUCUAUGAAAUUUUCAAAAAUAUUAAUAAAAAAUAAAAUAAAAUAAAACAAUGGAUAAUUAUAUUUAAAAAACAAACGUUAAUACGUUACAAAAAAUUAAAACUUUAAUACACAAAUCUAAAAAACGAAAACAGUAACACAAAAAAAAAACUUUAAAAUGAGUUAUAUUCCAUAACAACAACAAAUAAUCUCUAUAUAUUUAAAUCAUAACAAGAAAAUAAAGUAUUUUUAAGAAAAAAACAAAACAAAAAAAUAUAAUUAUGCUAAAAAAUCCAACAAACUUUAAAAAUAUAUAUUUAUUAAAACAACAACAAAAACAAAUACAUAUAAUGAACAAACAGAGGGAAAACCAAUAUAAACGUACAAUAUCACAAAAAAACGGGCACAUAAAUGAAAUAAACUAAAAAAAAGAACAGAGAAUUAAAACUAAAUGACAAAAGAAAAAAA